AUGUAUUGGAAAUAUCGGGCAUUUGAGGAACCACCACCGGACGGCUAUAUGCGGAAGGGAGCCCAGUAUUCUCGCACAUCUUCUUCCUUCCUUACUGAGAUAUUCUUCGGUGUACAUCUAACCCUUCGCCAGACGUACUUGUCCUUCUCCGAACUUCAAUACAUCGUUGAAACAAGUGGACAACAGUUGCUCGUUAUCCCCAACACAGACGAUAGCAUACCUAUUUCUAAGCGUCUGCAGCUUUUGAGAGACAAAGCUCACGCAUGGUUCAAGGUUGACACCCACCCUUUAAAAAUGGUCCGCGUAAACAGGCCACCGCAAUCUCGAGACGACAUUGUUGCUGGUGGGCAUUUCUACUGGUGGAACAAACAAGAUGACACGGCCAUGAUCUUGCCAGUACUUCCAAAGCCCUCACAACAGACAAUCUGGCGAAACUGGCCCCCAGGAACGUUGUGUUCGGUUCCACACUCACGCAGCCUUGAUAUGUUUAUGGACCCAGCACAAAACCUAAUCGCUGUCGCUUAUGUCGUUGAUUACAAGAGAACCUAUAUUAACCUUGGGUCCCUGGAUGGUGAUGGUGCUUCACCCUCAGGCUGCUGGAGAGAGACUGUUUAUGUCGGACGAGUCAGAAAACUGCCCUCGAACUAUGCGUGGCAGCUGCAGAUUUGGGACUGGAAAUACUCGACAACAUCCAGUAGCAUCCUCAGCAGUCCGGUACCCGACGGAUCCGGCGCCCCAGAACUUUAUUUCCUCGGGAACAAUCGAUUGCUGGUUAUAACCAAUAACUUGAAUCUCUAUUCAAUUGAGAACAUGUCCCAGACACCGGAAUUGCUGGCGUGUUUCCUGAUGCCCAACCUAUGGAUGUUACGGUGCCAUCCUAUGAUAGAUGAUAUUGGGUAUGGCUCACAGCUGCAUAUGCAAGCCCAAGCGACGAUGUGCACGUCAGACCCUACACAUCGACUCAUAUGCCUUACUACGCAUUCCGCUCGAGAUAGUCAAGUCUUCGUCAUUUCCAUGCGGAUUUUCUUCGACCUCAACGAAAUGGCAGCAGCAAUGCCAAUACCAUGGGAACAUUGGGCCCCCUCAAAUACUCGUAUCUUUUGGCACCCAUUUCAUUUCAAAAUUCACAUCAACGGAAACUGAGUCUUGCAGACACUCCCUGUCGGCGCGGGCGACUCGCGGUUUAUAUUACAACUAUUGGACUUUAGCCCGCUAGCUGUG